CUCACCACCACUUCACCCGGGCCAUUGCCCAGCCGUCAAGACGUUUUCCAAUCUCCUCAGCUCGAUCCACAACCCAUUCGCCGGCCGACGCACUUCUCCCUCUGGGGCAGCGUCGGAUCUCGACUUCCGCAACUAACUUGUCCAAACCAACUCGCAACUUGAAUCACCAUGGCACCACACGCUGAAGAAAGCGUCGGCCACGCGAAUGGGUCUGCUGUAGACACCGCCCCCCAGGCUCCGUUUGUCGUCGAUUCCCCCAAUGUCAACUACACCGACGACACCAUCACGACAAAGUACACGUACCGCACCACGGCCGUCACCAAGAACCAAGACGGCCGCUAUGUUGCCGUUCCCAAGGAAACCCUCUACGACUUCAAGGUUGACCGCAAAGUCCCCAAGACGGGCGUGAUGCUGGUCGGCUGGGGCGGCAACAACGGCACCACCGUCACGGCCGGCAUCAUUGCCAACAAGCGCAACCUGGUCUGGGAGACCAAGGAGGGUAAGCGUGCCGCCAACUACUACGGUUCCGUCAUCAUGGGCUCCACGACCAAGCUUGGCGUCGACAGCAAGACGGGCCAGGAGAUCCACAUUCCCUUCCACCAUCUCCUGCCCAUGGUGCAUCCAAACGACCUUGUGCUUGGCGGAUGGGACAUUAGUGGCAUGAACCUGGCCGAUGCCAUGGACCGCGCCAAGGUCCUGUCGCCCUCUCUCAAGUCUCUGGUCCGCAAGGAGAUGAGCGCCAUGAAGCCUCUUCCCAGCAUCUACUAUCCAGACUUCAUCGCCGCCAACCAAGAGGAGCGUGCCGACAAUGUCCUCGACGGUACCAAGGCUUCCAUGGCCCAUGUCAACCAGAUCCGCAAGGACAUCCGUGACUUCAAGGCUGCCAAUGGUCUCGACAAGGUCAUUGUGCAGUGGACUGCCAACACGGAGCGCUAUGCCGAUAUCAUCGAGGGUGUCAAUGACACUGCCGACAAUCUGCUCAAGGCUAUCGAGUCCGGCCACGACGAGGUUGCUCCCUCGACCGUCUUUGCUGUUGCCUGCAUUCUCGAGGGUGUCCCCUUUAUCAACGGCUCUCCCCAGAACACCUUCGUUCCUGGUGCCAUCCAGCUCGCUGAGAAGCACAACGCCUUCAUUGGCGGUGAUGACUUCAAGUCUGGCCAGACCAAGAUGAAGUCUGCUCUGGUUGACUUUAUGAUCAGCGCCGGUAUCAAGCUCACCUCGAUUGCUUCGUACAACCAUCUUGGCAACAACGACGGCAUGAACCUCAGCUCUCAGAAGCAGUUCCGUUCCAAGGAAAUCUCAAAGUCCAAUGUUGUCGACGACAUGGUCGCUGCCAACAACGUCCUGUACAAGGAGGGCGAGCACCCUGACCACUGCGUUGUCAUCAAGUACAUGCCUGCUGUUGGCGACGACAAGCGUGCUCUGGACGAGUACUACGCCGAGAUCUUCCUUGACGGCCACCAGACUAUCAGCCUGUUCAACGUUUGUGAGGAUUCGCUUCUGGCCUCGCCUCUGAUCAUUGACCUCGUGCUCGUCGCUGAGAUGAUGACCCGUGUGCAGUGGAGGGCCCAGAGCAGCAAUGGCAGCGACACAAAGUUCAACAACUUCCACAGCGUCCUCAGUGUCCUCAGCUACAUGCUCAAGGCUCCUCUGACACCUCCUGGCACCCCAGUCGUCAACGCCCUUGCCAAGCAGCGUGCCGCUCUCACCAACAUCUUCCGCGCCUGCGUUGGUCUUGAGCCAGAGAACGACAUGACGCUUGAGCACAAGCUCUUCUAGUGGCCUUAGUGGGUCUGCGUCUCCUCUGAUGUACACAAGCUGCUUGACCACGUGACUUGGCGGGAUCGUGGCCAGAUGUGUUUGCGACUUUGUUUGGCCAACUCUUUACUCUCUUUAAAGCAAUAUAAAAUGUGUUUCUGCAAUCUCAUCUUUGGUGAUGUAUCCAUUAGCAGCGAGAUGCUGCAGUCCUGUUUUUGGUACUGCUUUUGUGCAUCGUAAGCAGCUAGAGUAUAUGCAAGAGGGAAGGAAGGCGCGCUCCGGCCGCCCAUCCAACUCUCCUCACCACCUCCAUCCGCCCUAGCACGUUACGCAAACAUGCCAGCCUCAUCAUCAAUU